CGUCAAACUUCUUUACCAACUCCUCCCCCCGUGCCCGUCCAGUUUGCGACGAUGCUACAGCUCGCCCUCGCCCUCUGCGUCCUCACCGCCGGCGGCGUCGUCCGCGCGCAGCCGUUCGACUACCCGACGGCGAAGCCCUCGACGACGUGGGCCAACACGGACGCCUCGCUCCCGCACCACGUCACCUACGCCGACGGCUCCGUGGCGCGCGCCGCGCUGCUGCGGCUCAACCCGGCGGGGUACGGCCCGUCCUACGCCUUCGGCUUCUUCUGCACCAACCACCUCGCGCCGCUCUGCGCCGAGUUCCUCCUCGGCGUGGCCGUCGUCUACUGCAACAGCGGCGGGCUCAUGACCUCCGUCGUGGCGGGCAUCCCGCAGGUCGUCUGGUCCGCCAACCGCGGCAGCCCCGUCGGGGAGGGCGCCGCCGCGGAGCUCACGGCCGCGGGCGACCUCGUGCUCCGCUCCGCCCAGGGCGCCGUCGUCUGGUCCGCCGCGGGCACCGCGGGCCGCUCCGUCGCCGCCAUGGCCGUCGCCCGCGACGGCAACCUGCUGCUCCUCGACGCGCGCAACAACACGGUGUGGCAGUCGUUCGACCACCCCACCGACGCGCUGCUCGUCGGCCAGUCGCUGCGCCCCGGCGCGCGCCUCGUCGCCAAUUCCUCCGCCGCCAACUGGUCCCCGAGCCGGCUCUACCUGACCGUCGCCGCCGACGACGACAGCCUCAGCGCCUACGUCGACGCCGAGCCGCCGCAGCGGUACUACCGCCUGGGAUUCAGCGGCGGCGGCGGCGGCGGCGGAGCCUACGCGACGUACACCAACGGCAGCCUCGCCGUGUUCGCUGCUGCGGCGCCUGCUCCCACGCCGCUGGCCACCAUCCAGCUCCCCGCCGUCGGCGCCGGUACGGUGCAGUACAUGCGGCUGGAGCACGACGGCCACCUCCGGGUGUACGAGUGGAGCUCCGCGGGGUGGGCGCCGGUGUUCGACGUCCUGCGCCUCUUCCCGGACGACUGCGCGUUCCCGACGGUGUGCGGCGCCUACGGCGUGUGCACGGACAUGCAGUGUAGCUGCCCCGACGCGGCCAACUUCCGGGCGGUGGACUUCCGGAGGCCCAACCGCGGCUGCGUCACGGUGGCGCCGGUUGCCGGCUGCGGCGGUUCGCACCCCCCGGCGCGGCUGGUGUCGCUGCCCGGGCUGGCCUACUUCAACGACCCCGCCACCAGCCUCAGGGCGCUGGAGAGGGUGAGCGACGCCGCGUGCAGGAAGGCGUGCCUGGACGACUGCGCCUGCGCGGCGGCGCAGUUCGUCUACGGCACCGACGCCGGCGACGGCUUCUGCUACCUGCAGUCGGAGGUGCUGUCGCUGGAGACGUCGCGGCCGGAGGUGGUGCACUACAACUCCACCAUGCAUCUCAAGGUGCGGGCCACGCGGCGUCCGUCACCGUCAGCCAGAUUUUAGUUGGAUUGGACCACUCACAAGGACAAGGUCACACACAGCCACACAGAGCAGUACACCACUUCUAUAUUAUCAGUCUGUUGUCUUCCAAUUUUUUUUGUAUCAGUCUACAGUCCAAACACUUGUUGAUCCACCGAUGUCAAAAUGAAGUCCUUUUCUUUUUCUGUGUC